CAAGUCUUUCCCCAUCCCAUCUUCCCAUUCCAUCUUCCCAUUCCAUCUCCUCAUCACAUCUCCUCAUUCCAUCUCUCAUCCCUCUGGAUUCCGACGUCGUGCUUGCAGAAUGGCAUCAACAGACUUCGAUUCAGCUCAAGCCUGGGAGGUACUUCUUGAUAUCGCCAAAAAAAUGGAUCAGAGUAAGAGACUGGAAACUGUACAGAUUCGACGCAUCACGGAUGCGGCGGCCAUAUUGAAGAGCGCCCAAAGCACUCAAAGGCGCCGGAGGUACAAAUCAUUCCUCCACGGGGUUCUCACCCGCGCAGGUCCCGGGGCGGUUCUCCUUUGCGCCUCCGCGUUCGGUCAGAUCCGCAUGACGGAACUGAGAGAUUGUGAACGAGACGAUCUCCGCAAUCACAUUCGGGCCGGGGAGAUUCCUUCCGGCAUCAACGAUUUGGCGAUCCGGUGCGGCAUACCGCGCUCGGUGGAUGAUCUGAGACAUUCACUCGGUGCCCAAGAUUCUUCUGUCCGUUCGCCGUCGGAUGGACAGUCACACGGCUCCAUCUCGACCGACCCCGACCUUCCGAGUGCGGCGCAACAGCGGGUGGUCGAAAAUGCCAAAAUCCACGGGGUCGCCAAGGUCUUCGGCGACGACCUGUGUGGCGCCGUCAGGAGGGUCGAGGAGGGUUCGAGGGCCGCCGUGACCAUGGCUUUCCCGCUCUGGGGCGGCCCGGUCCAAUGCCUCAUGAGCCUGGACAUCUGCGAGCCGCACGUGGAACGACUCGCCAUGGCACUGUUCGGGGCGAAGGUGAAGUGGGUCGGACAGGUACUGCACGUCGUCCUCGAACAAGGCACGACGUUGAUCACACCCAACUCCGAAGCCACCUUGAAAGGGAUCGGUGACGAGAGAAUCGCUCGGGUUUUGGGGACCGAAAUCUACGGCGCCAUCAGGGAAUGCCCCGUCCACGUGAGAGAAAUCGCCGAAGGGAAGCGUGCCACGGAAUGUGUCUCGAUGAUAUUCACCAAAGGGGGCGCCUUCAUCAAUUUGUCCCUGGGACUUGAGCGUAGUCUUCAGCUACAGAAUAAGAUGUACAUGUAA